CACACACCGGAUAGUGCAAUUAUUUCCAAUUUCUUUCGUUUCUGUUUGUUUUUAUGCACAUUCUUCAACCCAUAUAUUUAUUUAAUACAGUUAUCCAAAUGAUUCAUUUGAUUGCAAUAAAAAACAACAAAAUUAAACAAAAUUCUCAGACCAAGGCUUACACUGUCACCUAUUUUCGCGACGCAUAAGUUGGUAACAGAACGCCCCUUUAGACUAAACAAUAAUAGUAUUAAAUAAGUCUUGAAAUGGGGCGUACAAAAGGUUCCGGUGCUUCGACGAGCAAGCACAUGCCACCAGAGGGCCAGAGUCCAGCUUCUUCUGAAGUGAGCACAUCCAGCACAACAUCAGCAGAAUCCCGGAUCAAAGAGAGCCUUAAAGAGCUUUUCAGUCUCAUUCAUCAAGUGCAGGAAGAACGGUCAAGGGGAGAACACAACCUUUCUAACAUAGCCAAAACACACGAAAGAAUGCAGCAGGAACAAAAAAUCACUCCUUACUAUAAGAGUAAGUUGCGAGGACUUUACAAUACAGCAAUGCAGGAUGCGGAAGGGGAAGCAGAGUUACUAAGGAAGGCUCUUGAUAAAAUUUCUGAAAUAAAAUCAAUAAGAGAACACAGAAGAUUUGGAGAUUCUGACCGACCCAAGCCAAUAAUGCGACGUGGUGUGUUAAUGAGCAUGCUUCAGCAGAACGCUGCCACACUGCCCCUGUGGGUCAGCAAGCCUGGGGAAAGACCUCCCCCGCUGUGUGGAGCAGUACCAGCAGACAACAACUAUGUGGUAAAGCCGGGAGACAAGGUGGCGGCAAGGGUGAAAUCCUCCGACGGGGAAGAAAACUGGAUCCUGGCAGAAGUCGUAACUUUCAACUCAAGUGCUAACAAAUAUGAAGUUGAUGACAUUGACGCGGAGGAAGGCAAAGAGCGUCAUUCGUUAAGUAAGCGGAAGAUUGUAGCAUUACCGAUAUGGAAGGCUUCUCCAGAGACUGACCAAGAGGCCCUCUUCCCAAAACAUGCAUUGGUUUUGGCUCUUUACCCACAAACCACUUGUUUCUACAGAGCUCUAGUUCACGAACCACCAAAAAAGCCACAAGAUGACUACUCGGUGCUGUUUGAGGAUACAUCAUACCCAGAUGGUUACUCUCCACCCCUCAUGGUUGCCCAGAGAUACGUCAUCAUAUGUAAGGAGGACAAGAAGAAAUGAAAACAAUCCUAGAAUUCUUUGGAGUUGAAGUUCUCUACAUGGAACAGAACACACUGUUUCGCAGAAUUGACAUUGGACACACACGUCAGGACUUGUGUAGUCUACGCAGUACAAAAACAUUACAGUUUGCAUGACAGGCAUUGGGUAUGUCUUGAAUGCAUAUGUAUUCAUUUUGAAGAGGGGAUAAUUCAUAAGAGGUGUGUGUGUGUUCCAUUACAUCCCAAAAAGCAUUGUCGUAUGGAAUGUUUUCAAUACUCUUUGUGCAGCAAACAACGAGUGUGUACGUGAAUCAGAUUUUAAUUGCAACCAUAAGUGUUAUGCAAUGAUACUGAGUUAGCUUCAAGAAGAAAUGGUAGCUCUUUUCCAUUUGUGCCAUGGCAUUGAUCGUGUGAUAAUAUAUUGCAAGACUUCACAUGUUUUUUAUACAGACUUAAAUGCGGUAUGAAAUCUGUUUUAGUAAUUGAGCACAUUAUUGUUCAGAAGUAAAUGAUAUGUAAAGGUAUUUUAUUUGACAGGUAUCACUAUAAAACAGUUUCGUAGUAAGCCUUUAGGAAUUUUUCAACUCCAUACUGUUGUAUGUUCUGUUAAAAUAUGCAGUCAGUAUGCACCUUAUUUGGCAAAUAACUUAUAAAUAUAGAGAGUCAAUUGCCCCUUAAAUUACCCAGUUAUUAAAUGAAAGAUUUAAAAUACUGUAGUAGGUUCAAGAACAGAGCAGAUUUUUUCCAUUGGUUUAUUUCCAUCAUUGUUGUGUCUAUUUACAAAUUAUGGCAAAAACAGUAUUGUAGUAUCUUUUUUUGUAUUUACAUGUAGCAAACAAAUCUUUAUUUCAAUAAAAUACAUCUGCAGGCAAUUAACAAUGGAUCAAUUAGAAAUAAUAAACAGUCUUUUUUCAUAAACAUACACCAUGGACCACAACCUGUAAAUUCAUAUGGAUGUAAAUUUAUGUCCCAAAGCAUUUGAGAUCAAAAUCACAAAUGGUCCGAAAUCAUUUAAAAAGUCUAAAUCAAACAGUAGUUUGUACAAGCAUCUGAAACUCUCACCAAUUUGAAAACUAGUUAUGACUGUAUUACAAAAAUAUGUACAUGUUAAAUUGUUUUGGUUGUAUGUUUAAGUCCCUAUUAGUGAUUCAAAUCACUGUUCAUAUUCUGCAAGACAGAAGUUUUCCUAUCAAUAACGAGAUUUGGAUAAUCUAACACCAUAAUUAUUUACAAUUGGGUCAGUAUGUACAUAUUUUCAUAUCUAUAUCAUUUUAACAGAAGAACAUGGAAUGUUUUGUGAUUAAGCACGAAAACAGUGCAUGUUUUAUAAUAAAAGAGAUUGUUGUUU